AUGUACGUCAACAUUUUGAGAAUUCUCAUUGUGGUCUGGCCUCUUGUCCUGGCCGCUGUCGAGGCGCAGGAUAGUCAAUGUUCCGCUCAGAGAUGCUAUAGAAAUUGUGUGGAUGAGAGUGAUGAGUGCGUUGAAUACUGUCGGGGGACAGCAAGGACGAUGCGGAAUCGAAAGAACGCGGGGCUCUUCCGGCAGCGGUGUUUUCUCGAAUGCGACAAGGAGAUCAAGGGCUGCUUCAAGGGGUGCGACGCUGCAUGUCCGCGUCGGGUCGAAGGGCCUCUCGAGACCUGUAACGGCAAUUGUUUGCAGACUGCGCUGGACGGCGUGGACCGAUGCUUCAAUGGGACCGCGCCCCGCCACGACUGCCUUGCCGCAAACCAGGAAAACUGGCAAUCUUGCGAGGAGGAUUGCCAGGACAAGGCACCACAGACGCAGGCACCGGCCACCCCUGCUGCCACGCCUCCACCUGCGGCAGAUUCCCCUCCACCAGCGCCUACGGAGACCCCAUUUGAGUCUGCCAUCGGAUGUGGGGAGUUUGAUCGAUAUCUGAACGUGUACGGCGCAUGCCUGGCCCCAUGCUUUUUUAAUCUCUGUUUGAAUGGCGAGAAGUGCAGCGGAGAGGCCGGGAAAUGCGGUCUGGGCAGCGAAUGCGAGGCAGCAAACAAACAGUGUACAAGCGACGGGGUCAAGACUUAUGAAUCGUGUCAAUUGCUGUGA